AUGAGCGAUAUAGAUGACUUGGACAGUUAUUUAAAUGAUGAGGAUUUGCAUUUAAAACCGGAAGAAGAAGAACAAGUUAUAACUGAAUCUGUUAAGGUGACGAAUCAGGUUAUACAUGAUAAUUCCAAAGAUUGUCUAAAGACAGUGGAUGUGACUGUAACGGAAAAUAUAAAGAAUGAUCAAACUACUAAUAGUACAAAUGAUGAUGAAGUAAUCGAAAAAUUAGAAAAAGAUUUUAAAGAAAUAUUACUUGCUAAUCAAGAUGAUAGCGCUAAUGCUUCUGAAGAGACUAAAGAAGAACAAGAGAAGGCUUUAAAAGAUUUUAAAGAUAUACUAAGCAUGAUGAAUAACGCUAACGAGGGUGCCAAAUCUGGCAAGCCUGAUAGUAAUACUUUUAGUAGCAAUAGUACUGAUAAAGUUACCGAUUUUAAAGAUAUUGUAUCAAAUACGUUAGAUAGAUUAAAAGAAAAUACCAGUAAAGUGGAAAAGGAUCUGCAAAAAGAGAACCCUAAAAAUAAUGAUAACACGCGGAGUAUACCUGGCUUAACUUCUAAUGACGACGUAUUACAACAAUUGCUAUCCCAAUUAUUGCUCCCAGAUAAUGAUGGCGAUGGUUCUGGUAAAAGUGAGAACGAAGGAGGUGAGAGUAGUGAUUUGGAUAAUGCUUUACUGAAGAUGUUGGAUCAAAUGUGUACCAAAGAGGUGCUAUAUCCAUCUAUGAAAGAGUUACAACAUAACUUUAUAGAGUGGUUGAAAGUUAACGAUGAGACUGCAUGUGAUUCGAAAGAUAAAUGGGAGACUUAUCAAAAGCAAUUUGAUAUUGUGAAUAAAAUUGUUGGUACGUAUGAAUUACCAGACUAUUCAAAUGAUAGAUAUGGGAAGAGCAUCACUGAAUAUCUAGAUCAGUUGGAAGAAUUGGGUGAUAUGCCAGUAUCAGAUAAGCAUACUGCAACAGAUAGUAGCACAGGGGAUGUAGAUCCUUUGUUAUUAAAUGAAGAUAGUUUAAAAGACUUGGACUCAGAAUUACAAGAGAAUUGUAAGCAGCAAUAA